AUGAUUGGCAAAGAGUAUUAUUUUGUGAUUGUGGGGCACAACGACAAUCCGGUGUUUGAACUCGAUUUCUCUGCGCAGCCAAAAAAGGAUUUAGAGAACAGUCACUUAAAGCAGUUCGUCGCCCAUGCGGCCCUUGAUCUUGUUGAUGAACACAUCAUUCAGAAUCAGAAUAUGUACUUGAAAACCGUUGACAAGUUCAAUGAGUGGUCAGUUUCAUCGUUCGUCACUGCUGGAAACAUACGUUUCCUCAUGCUGCACACAUGCAAAAACGAGGAUGGGAUAAAAAAUUUUUUCACCGAAAUGUACGAAACAUAUGUUAAGGUCAGUAAAUCGUGUUGCAUAAUUUUCGAACACUGUGCGCCUACCGGCCAACAGUGUACUGUUUGGAACCAGCAAAAUUACCUUGCAAUGAAUCCGUUCCACGAUCCUGAUGCUCGGAUUCAGUCACCGGUUUUUAUGAAAAAGGCACAGUUCUAUGGCAAGAAGGAAAUGGCACAGGGUGCUCUGGACAAGCCGCCAUCGGUGUGUAGCUCGGUGUAUCAGUGGUUGUACCGCCUAAUCAAAGCUAAUCAGUCAUUUCAUAAUGGCUGUCAUGAACAUGUGGUUUUCUCGGGAAAGCCAAAAAAUAUGGCUGGCGUCACUGCGUAA